GCAUUCUGUAUUUACCAAAGCAAUAUGUAAAUGUAAAUACAGAGAAUGGCAAAUAAUGGUAUUUUAAGUGUCCAGUAGUCGUUAUUUGUUGUUUAAUAUUGAUAUUGUAAUUUUACCGAGUAGUAGUUCCACGAGCAGAAAAAAGGUUGCUCGAUAUGGCGUUGAGCGCCGCCGCUGAGGAGUAUUUUCGUACGUUAAACCCUAUCGCCGCAAAAAUUCAUGAAGAUAUAACUGAUGCUAAGACCUCUUACGAAAAUAUUUGGGAUACACUAACAGAAAAAGAAAGGGCUGAAAUUAUUGAUGAGUCAAUAAUUAAACCAGAUAUAGUACUGAAGUAUGCUCUCUUGGAUUCUUUGGACUUUGAUUUAAAUGAUCCUCCCGUUCGUAAGGAUGAUUUGAUGUCAUUUUUUGGCAGAGAACACGGAAUAAGAUUGAUCCAAGAUGAAAAUAUUUCAUAUAGAGAUGAAUACUCAGCACCAUUCUUGUAUCAAACCAAAAGUCAACUAAAUUUAUGUGUCCUCAGUGAGCAUAGGGCACCAAAAGAGACCAAAUGUACUUCCCCACCUCCUAUCAUGACUGAGCUCGCAUUAUCUCAUUCCAAAGUUGUAAAUGAACUAAAAAAUGCAUUGAAAUCUCAUGAUGUCCUAAAACCAACGAGUAAAGAAUCUCAUGACAGAGAAGUAACAUCUCCAACCAGUUUUCUGAGCAAAUUCAUUGGAAACUUUCAAAAGAAGGAUGAAGAAAAGGAGUGUCUGGUGCCCACCUUACCACAGGGACAGAUUGUGGCGUCUUCCGAAAAUUUCUUUAAAACUAAUUUCAAGAGCCCACCAAGUGACAGUAAAUUUGAAAAGAGUUACAGAAGUAGUAUUGUGAAGUCGAGUAAUGACCUUUCCGAAGAGAACAGAGGACUCCUUUCAUCAAGCCAAGCAUCAUCAGGAACUGAUUUCCAAUCUACUGAGACAUUGACUGAAUCAACCUUGCCAAAGACUGGAUACGAUUUUCUAGAUAAUUGGUAAUAUAAAGUAUUGGUAGUAUACAGUAUGACAAGUUCAUAGGGGAUGAAGAUAUUUAUAAUUUUUUAUGAGUAUACUCUGGUAGGAAUCUCAUAGGGUAAAUAUGCAUUAUUCAUAAUACUGUAAGAUCUCAGUAUUUUCACAAGUAUUGUGUAUACUUACAGACUAUAAUAUUAUAGUAUUAAAUUUAAAAUAUUGUAGGCCCAUUAAGUAUUUGUAUUAUGUGUACGGCAUUUUAUGUAAGUGUUCAGCGUGCGUUAUUACUUAUUGUAUAAGGGCUCCAUUCCACCGCGGCUCACGGAGAGGCUACGCACGUGCGUCAAGCUUCGCUUUGUAAGAAAAUAUAUGUUACAGUGUCCACUGCAACCCACGGACACGCUACGCACGAAUUGACUCACGUA